UGAACCGAAGACGGAAGGAAACAGCGAGCGGCGUGUCAGGAAUCCAUCGAGGAGCUGGUCGUACCCGUCAUGCACCGCGGCAUUCUGCAAACUCCCAUGGAACGGUCCCGGCCAAGCUUAAAUUGUGUAUAAUGCUAAAUAGUUAUAGCAUACGAACGGUUCCUGACGCUUGAUGACAUUUGUUUGCAUCAGGACAUUUUCCCAAUAACAGCAUCAAAAUGUCUGAGCUUUUUAUGGAAUGUGAGGAAGAGGAGUUGGAGCCAUGGCAAAGGAGAAUACCAGAGAUAAAUCUAGUAGAUGAUGACGACGAGGAUGAUGAUGAGCCCAUCUUUGUUGGAGAGAUUCGUGCCUCCAAAGUCACUCCGAACACCAGGCCAAGUCCCGCUCCUGUCGUCAAAGCCCCCAGUCAGUGGCGUAAGCUUCCUGCACCGGUCAAGAACCCCAUGCCUGUUUCUCCAGCGCAGAGGGCUGGAAGUGGCACAGUGGCUCCCACUCAGAGACAUUCGCAGCCUCCUGCCAGCACACAGCCUGUGUCCUCGGGUCCUGCUCAGCUCACGGUCAGAGCGGCACCCCAGCCAAUGGCCAAGUCCCUGCUCAUCCCAGUGACGUCCCAGCCUGGGUCCAGUCCUGCUGCCGCACAGAACGUGUCUCACGCCCUGACGACAGUGUCCCCGCAGCCCAUCAUCAUCAACAAUCAGGGAUAUAUAUUGACUUCUCCCCAGAUACCAAACAACUCCACCUUCAUCACACCACUUGGAAGUCAGUACACUAGUGGUACAUCUUUUGCUGUACUUCCAGCUGGACAGCAGCUGUUGCAGCCGGUGGCCCCCGCUGGCCCAGUGCCGGGGGUCAUCCACAGGCCCCAGGUGCAGCUCAUACAGAACAACGUUGUCACCCUGACCAGCAUGCAGAGUCCUCCUCAGGCCAAGCAGGGGCCUUCGAAGCCGCCCCCGCAGUUCACCACCAGUACCCUGCAGGCCGUGCACACAAACUCGGCCACGCUUCAGCCAAUUCAGCUGGGCUGCUCGGCGUCACAGGCCAAACCAGGCACCUCGGCCAAUCAGAAGAGCUCGCCUCUGCCGGCUCUGCAUGCCGGCAGUCACUCAGCGCCCUCUGCAGGCAACGGCAGCACAGUGAAGCGAACUUUUCAGCCUAACUCGAUGAGCCCGGUCAAGAAGAUGAAGCUGGAACCUGGGCCCCCCGAUGCCGCGGCUUCCAUGCAGAAUGGAACACCUUUCAAGAAAAAAUGUCCAAAAUGCAAUAUUCAGUUCAUCCUUCCGGAUCCCAUGAAACGCCACAUGAAGUACUGCUGCUAUGAUUUGAUAAACAGCGUGUUCCCUACGACGUCCACGCCGGACCGGCCGUCCUCACCUCUGCACGUGAAGACCACUGGGAAGGGUAAAAUCAUCAUGCUUGUAUCCGACUUCUACUAUGGGAGAUAUGAGGGAGACACGGUGCAGGUCAAGGAGGAGAAGGCGCUCACCACCUUCAAGUGUAACAGCUGCCUGAAGAUCCUGAAGAGCAACAUCAGGUUCAUGAACCACAUGAAGCACCACUUGGAGCUGGAGAAGCAGAGUAACGAGAGCUGGGAGAGCCACACCACCUGUCAGCACUGUUACCGGCAGUACGCCACGCCCUUCCAGCUGCAGUGCCACAUCGAGAGCGCCCACAGCCCCUACGAGUCCACCACUAAUUGUAAGAUCUGUGAGCUGGCUUUUGAAAGUGAACAGGCACUCCUGGAACACAUGAAGUUCAACCACAAGCCAGGGGAAAUGCCCUAUGUUUGCCAGGUCUGCAACUUCAGGUCGUCGUUCUUCUCUGAGGUGGAGAGCCACUUCCGAAGUGUACAUGAGAACACCAAGGACCUCCUCUGUCCCUUCUGCCUCAAAGUCCUGCGGAGCGGCCAUACCUACAUGCAGCAUUACAUGCGACAUCAGAAAAAGGGGAUUCAUCGAUGUGGUAAAUGCCGUUUAAAUUUCCUCACGUACAAGGAGAGAUCGGACCACAGGGCACAGCUACACCGGACCUUCAAGAAACCGAGGACCCUGGAAGGCCUCCCUCCUGGAACCAAGGUGACGAUCCGAGCAUCUCUGUCCGGCGGUUCCUCCACUUGCCCCAAAACUCCCGAAAAGUCUAUCGUCAGCCUGGCCCCCAGCAGUCCAACCCCCCGGCGGCUGGGAAAGUCGCCAGUCAGCACGGUGAAAUCCAAGUCCCUGCAGGCAGCCAGUGCGGCCAAGUCCCGAACCAUCCAGGGUCGGCGGCAGGAGCGUCUGUCCAGUUCCAGACAGCUGGAGCGCAGCAACCAGGCCCUGCAGAGCCUCCAAAAUGAAUUUGGGGCACAGUUGUGCGUUGAAUGUUAUACAGAAGUCAAGGACUUUUACGGGCACUAUCCCCUGGUCAUGAAGUGCAGCGCGUGCAAGUAUCAAACCAGCUGCAAGAAGUCGUUUGAGAACCACAUGAUCAGGUUUCACAGCGCCAUCUCCAGGGACCGGUUUCGGAAGAUGCGCAAGCCGACCGGAAAGCUGCGAUUUCGAGCUGCUACACAUUGCAGGAGCUUAACGCUGGUGUGCCUUAACUGCGACUUCCUGGAGGACGCCUCCGGCAGCGACCUCAUGACCAAACACCUGAUCGACAGGCCGCACCACACAUGCCAGGUCAUCAUUGAGAAAGGAACUUCCAUUGCUCAACCCAAAAAAACUGAAUCUGAGCCUGAUGUUAAGUCCUGUCAGGACCUCAGUGACCCCAAGGACAAUGAAGUUGCUAGUAAUGGCUGUAGCAGUGAGCCGUCCUCCACCGAGACGAACGGAAGGAAGGACAAAGACGAGGUCCAGGACUCGGUGCCUGUCUCGAGCCCGAAGGAAGCUUCUGGAAGUGGGGAUUCCGAAACGCUGAGCGGAGGGCCAGAGCAGCCCAACUCCGGGGAAACCCCACACCCCGAACACGGCAAGCAGAGCGAGACCCCGGGCCCCCCCGCAGAUCCCGGCCUGGCCGAGGCCCAAGAUGAGGGUGGCGGCCCCAAAGACACAUCCCCUCCCAACACUGAACGGGGCGACUGCUCUACUGCCAGGGAUGAGAGCGAGCAGGCCGGGGACGGCGUCCCCUUCGAGGAGUUCCUGAGGAAGGAAGACCAACGGGAGAGUGUGAGCCCUAGCGGCUCAAAGCACGGCUUAGUUAGCCUGGAGCCUCUCACGCCCUCCAAGGUGCUGGAACACGAGGCCACUGAGAUCCUACAGCAGGGAAACGGCCCCCCCUCCAAGACGCAGGAGGCGGCUGCGGAUGAAUGUCCGGAUGCCAGCGGACGUGUCACCCCGGAGACGGGAGCAGGUCAUGGCUCAACCACGGAAGCUGGAGGAAAAUGACUCCUUUUUUAAAAACAAACAAAAAAAACAAACAAACAUUGUUUAUGGAGAACAUGUUCGUCUUGUUUCUGGGCGAGGGGCGGGGGUCAGGAGAAAUAGGAGAGGAACUUUAUUUUUUUUUCCUACUUGCCUGUAAGGGGGGGGACAGUGUGUCUUCCCACCAGGCUUCUCCACUCAACAGUUGACUUUCAACGAAAGUUAUAUCACUAAUAUGUGUGGAUAUCUGUGUUGUGAGUUUGUGUGGAGUCGUCUUGUAGAGAAUUUGCUGCUUUUUAAGUUCAAAGUAUAAAUUGAAUUAAGACAGUGGGCCGUAAAAAGUUACUGCCUUUUUAGAAAUGGUUACUCACAUGGUUCUUCCUUCGCCUGGCAUGUUUAAACUGUAUGGGCUCUUCUCCUUGCGAAAGGUUGCAUUAAAGUGGCUUAUGGGCGUGUAUCAGGGGGUACUUGGUCCAAAGCAAGGGCUCCAUAAACUGACCCAUAUAGCUAAACUACGAGAAAUUGAUUCUGGUAUUUUUACUGCUCUCUUCUACGGUUAGAUUUUUGGAUUUUUGACAAAUCCAUACACUGCAUCACCUGCUCUGCAUUUCACUUGCCAUGGUGCACAUGGCAUCUUCAGUGCUACUAAAUUAAUGUGCCCAGCUACAUGUUAAAGAGGAGGAUGUGAAAGGUGUCUGAGGUAGUCAUUGUUGGCUGAUUUUAAUGAAAUUGUAAAUAAAAGCCAUCAUUAAUAUUCA